GGCGGAGGGAGGGGCGGCGGGAGCCGGGCUUUUACAGCCAGCGCCUCCGGGCCGGGGGCGAGGCCGCCGCCUGGCCCGGGGGAGCGCCGGGGGCUGCGUUUUUCCAAGGUUAUCUGGCCUUUUGUGUGGACGGCUUCAGAGAACAUUUCAGGAGUUGGGAAUCAAGUGGAAGUCAGCUGAAUUCUCUUGUGCUCUGCUGAGCCGAAAUGCCAUUCAUGUCUGCGGCAAACGGAAGCCAUGGCAAGGUGUAACAUGGGAGGGAAAUGCACGAAUGGACCAUGUGGCGUGACUCGUUCAGACUGCAGCUCUUCUGCCUGCUCAUGGCAGUGCUGGCUGUUGUGGUGCUGGUCCAUAACUUUUUUCAGUUAGAGCACUUGGAUGAUGACACAGUUUCAGGAUCGAAUUGGAUAACAGAAAACAAUGUCCAGCAUUCUCUGGCACAGAAAGACAAAACCACCAGGAAGCCUUACUGUGGGUACACGCAGCAGACCUUGUCCAAAAGGGAACAAGCGGAGCAGGAAUCGUUGCUUGCUGCAAUACAGUGGCCAAAGCCUCCUGAUGGCAAAAUCGCCUUCGCACAAAGCACUGAUCCCGCACACAGUGACUUUGUGAUUGUGGAACCCAACAGGUUCUUCAAGGUGGGUGAUCAGCUAGAGGUACUCGUUCGUAUGAAGGAUUUCCAAGGAAAACCCAAGCAGUAUGGUGGAGACUAUUUACUAGCACGAAUUCACUCUCCUGCGCUGAAAGCUGGAGCAGUGGGAAGGAUUGUAGAUUGCUAUAACGGCCUUUACAAAGUCUUCUUUACCUUGCUUUGGCCAGGAGAGGUCAAAGUUUCUGUGUCACUUGUCCAUCCGAGUGAAGCAAUCCAAGUCCUCCUGCGCUUACGAGAGGAAAGGCCAGACAGAGUCUAUUUCAAAAGCUCAUUCAAGUCUGGGAGGUAUUCAGAGACUACGGAGUGCAAUGUUUGCUUGCCUGGAGGUCUCCCAGUCUGUAACUUCACAGAUCUCUACACGGGUGAGCCAUGGUUCUGUUACAAGCCUCAAAAACUCUCCUGUGCCAGCCGAAUCAACCAUGCCAAAGGUGGAUAUCUGAAAGGUCUUCUGACACAAGAGGAAAGCCUCUUUUUCCAAAGUGACGUGAAUAUCAAAAGGCCGAUACUCCCCAGUGGACCUGAUUCAGUCAUUGUAAAGGCCAAGGCAUUUACAGAUUCAAGCAGUAUGGACAGACCUGAAGAUCCCACAGCUUCCCCUUCUGGUUAUUAUUAUGAAGACCAGUGGAGGUCCAGAUCACAUUGGAUCCGUAAUUUUAACAAAUCAGAAGAUAUAACUGAAUGCUUACAAGGAAAAGUCAUCCACUUGUUUGGAGACUCUACAAUAAGGCAGUGGUUUGAAUAUUUGACAGCAUUUGUUCCAGACUUGGUGGAAUUUAACCUGGGCAGCCCAAAGAACGUGGGCCCUUUCAUGUCAGUGGACCUGAAGCACAACAUCCUGCUGAAGUUCCGCUGCCACGGGCCGCCCAUCCGCUUCUCCACGGUGUUCAGCAGCGAGCUGCGCUACAUCACCAACGAGCUCAACAGCAUCGUGGGCGGCAGGAACACCGUGGUGGCCAUAACCAUCUGGUCCCACUUCAGCACCUUCCCCGUGGAAGUGUACAUCCGGCGCCUCAGGAACAUCCGCAGAGCCGUUCUCCAGCUGCUGGACCGCAGCCCCAAGACUUCCAUCGUCAUCAGAACCGCCAACGUUCAGGAGCUUGGGCCAGAAGUGAGCCUCUUCAACAGUGACUGGUAUUCCUUUCAGCUUGAUUCUGUCAUGAGGAAAAUGUUCUCAGGAAUUGCUGUGCACUUUGUGGAUGCUUGGGAGAUGUGUGUGGCUCAUUACUCGCCGCAUAAGCUGCACCCUAAUGAAGUAAUUGUUAAGAAUCAAAUAGAUGCAUUUUUAUCUUAUGUGUGUCCUCUGCAAACUUAGCACAAAUGGGUAUCCCUAUGUCACCUUUUGCUAUAGCCCAAGUACAGUUGCUCUUUUGAGCUGUGGAGUGAGGCUGGAUGAUAUGGAAGAACUCUGGAUACUGUACUUGCAUGCGGGAUAAGUAGGGUGGCCUUAAAGUCUGGGCAGCUGUGGUAAAAGAAAGGGUGGUAAAGAGGAAUUGACUCUUCAGGCUACAUCUUCCUGCAAGGUUGAUUCUUUCAAGCUUAUAAUUCAUACCUGAGAUUAUUAGAGAGCACCUUAAAUUAAAUUGGCAGGAUUCAAUAAGAGACUAUUUGGGUUAUUAGCUUUACUAGUUAUCUGCACUGUAUGCCUAAUUUAAUCUGUGUGACAUUGAUUCUGUUGCCAGGGUCUUGUUGCUCAGUGUGUGAAACCUGGGAAGGAUUUUGGAAAUGGUCUUUCUCUUAGCAUUCCAGAGCUUAUGGGAGGUCUCCUCCAGUUGUGUGUCAGAGAAGCAGUGUCUGUUCUUGUUCAAAGUCCUAAUUAGAAACAUGAGGAGAGUGUACCAAAGUCACCAAUAAAGAAGCACAAUCACAAUAUCUGUAGAAUUAAGUCAUGAAGAAUUUGCUGAAAUUUAGCUGAGCACCCUAGUUAGGUACCUUUGUUAUUUACAGAUGGCUGCUAAAUAGUGCAAAUAGCUGGUAUUUAGUUUGGUUUGUUGUACUACUGAAUUUCUUUUGAGCUUUGAUAUAGUCUGCCUCUUGAUUUGUCAUUAGUGAGGAUAUGUGUGUUUUAUGACCUCAGUGAAAAGACUGUCUCAGGCAGUUUCUGCAAGUUCAACUUGCAGGCUCGCCUACUUGAAGCUGAAAGCAUUUGCCGGUGAAAGUGUUUCAUUUGCCAAUGAAAGUUUCCAUUGCCUGCCAGCUGCAGCUGUUCCCUCAGGGUCCUGGGAAGGCAGGCUGCGAUAGUGGCUCUGGUAUGUCCCUCGUGCUAAAUCUGGACGGGGAGGCCAAGUGACCUGAGGGCCCUGGUGUGCUUUGGCACUGGUGGUCAAGGCCACACAGUGACUCCUCUUCAGGGUCUGGCACUUCUGUCAUUUCUUCAUGAGCUUCACUGCUGCCGGUAUAAAAGGGGGAACACCCUGCACCGAAAAGCCAAGCGUGCCCAGGGCUGCCUUGAUCCAUCUGCUUGGCACAGACCCAGGUUUGCUGGGCUGACAGCUCUCUGCCUCCUGGCCUGGCAUUUACUGCUGCUUACUUGAUUGAGCCUGUCUACAGUUUUAACUAGAAGCACUUUGAAAACAAUUUGUAAUAAAGUCAACUCCCAAAUUAAACAGCAGAGAAGUGUUCCAUGCUGUCUUAUCUUUGGUCCCACUCAGGCCAAAGCCAGUCUUCACUGGCUUGUGUCAAAACCAAGCUGAGUUUGUGAGCAAACUGAGAAGAUUAAUAAGGCAAAUUGGCAGGUUGCACAGGGUGAAAUUAUCAAAAUGUCUUCAUGUUAGCAAAGUUUCACUCCUUGUUAGGGUUGCUGCUCUCCUAAGGGAGUUUGUGCUGUUACUGCCAGAGCCCUAUGAGAGCCAAUGCUGCCAGCUACAGCAACAGUGUUCCUUAUUGUGUUCAUUUUAAAGGGCAACUGAGAAGUGGUUUAAAAACAAAUACAAAUAAUUUUAGCAUGUAAAAGGCAUCAGUACUAUCCAUCUGUAAACUUUACAAUUUAAAAAUGUUUAAACAUGUCUGGAGGAAUUGUAUACACUGAAAUAGCACCUAUUCUUAGCAGUUAAGAGGUCCAAUUUGCUGAUUCCUACUGACAACUGCCUCACACAGCAUCUGCCCAUACAUUAGUGUCAGGUAACUAUUGCCUACUUUAAUAUGGUAAUGGCAAUUUAUCCUCUGCUAAAAAGAGGCCACACCAAUUCAGGUCUGGGAAAGUAAGCUACCACAAUGAAAAAUGAACUUUCAUCUUUUCCAGUUGUGAUUUUUAUAAUAGGUAAAGUCUUUCAUCCUGAAUAACAACUCUAUCCUAAUAAUGCUCAUGGAAAUAGGACUUCAGACUUCUUUGAAGGAAACGACUGAAUUUGUGGACUGACCAUUAGGUUUAACUCAUAAAGCCAUAUUGUGUGUGAAAAUGUUGUGGCUGCAUGUGUCUUCUCUGGGUGUUGUAGUGCUUGCUACUGCUCCUCAACAGCAGCUUUAUAUCACUGUUAGCUACCAAGCACAGAGAGAGAAGAAAAUAUUCAUUUGAGUACUUGGACAGCUGAGGGAAAGAGAACAGAACUGCUAUUAGAAAAGGUGUCUAAUUGCCUUCUGGUAGAACCUCAGCCUUUAGAUUAAUUAGAUUAAUUUUUUAAUAACAGAUGAACUAACUUAUUGGUAAUGAACUUCAGGGAAAUUGCCAGUUGGUUUAGAAUGAGGGUCAAGAUUUUAUUUUUUUGGGGCUCUAAAAUAGACAGGGAAGAGAAAUGAAGAAUCUGAGGAUUUACCCAUGUUUGGGGACACUGUGCUUUUAGAUGUCAUUCAGGUGAUCUACGAAUGGUUUUUCAUUUCUCUUCUCAUCUUGUUACCAUCUAUCUCAUGUUACCAGUUGUGUAUGUAUGGGAUAUGCAAACACAGAAGCAAUAAAAUAUUUUUAAAACAGUUUCUUUAAACUUCUAAAUGGAUUUUAAUAGGGACUUAGGUUAAGGUGUUGGUUAUUUUUGAAGUUACUUAAUGUGAAACAGGACUGGAAAGGAAAUUUUCAGCAUCUGUUAAAUAUCUUCCUCAACAUAAAAAAAAAUAAUUCACAAGGUUUUUCAAAGCCCUGUCUUCCCUUUCUGUGCAUUUUCUUCUUUUGAAAGGAAGAUGUCUUAUUUUUUAUAUUUUCAUUCUUGUACUGAUAGUUUUGAUUAUUAAUCUUUCAUUAGAUAUUUUUUAUUUUUAAAUUUCUUCAUUCAAAAUCCAGGUCUCUCAAAUUCCAGUGAAAGAAACUACUUUUGUUUUUAUUAGAAGAUUUCAGAGUAAUUUAUUUAUAAAGUAAGUAAACUCAAUUUUAUAUAUACUAGUGUUGCACUGUAAUAUUGAGUCUUGUUUCUCAUGUGUAUCUUCUUAGGCUGAUUUCUUCCUUCUAGAAAUUUAGUAAAAAUGUUAGUUGAAUUGUUGAUGAGAAGGGAGGAUAAAAAGCAAAAGUUUGUCUUUUUUCAAGUUUUCAGUUGCUUCUAAUUUCAUCUGCAAAUGUAGCACUGCUUUGUGAGAUUUAAAUUACCAUUUUUCAUUGCUUUACUUGUUAUAGGUAAGCAAUUAAACAUGGAAACUUUGCUUACCACAAGUGUCUGUACAACUUUUUAUGUACUGCAGGUGACAAUUUCAUGACAAAGAUGGUUUGAAUUUGCCCUCUAGAGGGGUGGAGGAUACUGGGGUUUUGCUUUGGUUUUGUUGCAGUAGUGUGGUUUAAAACAUUCUUCCAUUCAUGACAGUUUAAGUAACAGCAAAAAACUUCAGUCACAAAUGUGUUUUUCAUUUAUAAAGCACUUACUCCUUAAUUCCAGAUAAUUUAAUGUAUAUUUAGACUGUUAGGAAGGCUCUUACUCUCUGUUGGGAGCAGAACUCUGUAUGUUAGAGAAAGAACUUGUUUUUUUUCUAAUAUAUGUAUGUUAUUGUAAUGCUUACAAUAUACAGAAGGCUCUACUGUCUUGUUUCCUGAUGCGAUCAGAAAAACAAUUUAAAUAGCCAAAAAGCUCAAAGAAAAACAAAGUUCCUAAUAAAGAGGGCAAGUUUACUUGAA